UUCAUAGUGGCAGGAAGAAACAGACGAAGGAAUCAUAGGGGACUAACCCAUGAAGACAACCCGAUAUGCAAGGCCCAAUCCAGUUGACUAACUAUCAUGUAUUCAUAUUUACACCACGUAAUCAUUCAUAAGACCCAGUCGUAACGAACUAUUAUGAAUAUCAGGAGGGGGAAAGGAAGUGAGAAAAAAAUGGUGAGUGGCACGUGACAUAACAAACUGGGUCCAAGGAAAAUGUGCGAACGAUUAAACGUCGCAGUUGAAUGCUGAGUUGAUUUUCUCCUCUUGUUUGUCAUGUCUUUGUUGAGUGCGAGCACUGAGUGUGAUAAUAUAUAUAACACAUCAUUCUUAUUUUAUCGAAACACAGAACACUCCAAUUUGCCAAAAAUGGAUGACCCCAAACUACCCUCUCAUCACUCAUCCAUCUCUCUCAUUGCUAGGCUGGAUCAUUUGGAGUUCAUUAUGAAAUACUUAGAAAGAAAACAAAGAUCUGGCAGCAAUGUCCCUGCUGACAAAGCCAAACAACCUUUCGAUUUCUCCACCAAAGAGGAUUUCUUUAAAGGCACAUUGUUGGAUCGAGUUACCUCUCUUGAACACAGACUUUUUAAGCUUUAUGUAGAUAUUGAUUCAAGUGGAAACCCUCUACCUUUGUCCCGUGAUUCCACACAAACUUCUGGGGAAUCUUCUACCAGCCAGGGAUCCAAGACAGAAAUAUGUCACUCUUUUCCAACUUUCAACAAUCUCUCAAAUAAUACUGAGAGAGGAUUAAUGCCUAUCAAGACAACUGAAACACCCCAGGAAAAAUGUGAGAGCGAGAAGCAACAAAUUAAAAACUCGUGUCCUCCUAAGCAACAGGUGCAGGUGGUGAAGAAUAGACCUAAGAAGAAUGAAAAGAAAGGCCAAGUUGAAAAAAAACGAGUAUCUAAUGUUGGUUGGCCACAUUUAAAACUACUAGGUUGCUGAUCCUCGUAACAUUGGUUAGUUUCUUACUUCUUUUACCCGACCAUGAACAUUAAUAUAAAUUUGUGUCGUUCGGUUUGAAUUUUCUGGUACAUUACUUUAUACUGGUAAUAAUAAAGUAUGAGAUUAGAUUUGGUAGAUAUAGUCACAAGGAUAU